CUCUACUCUGUCCAACGUUACAGAAUGCCGACAUCUGAAAGCUCCGGUCUUGUUAUGCGUGCGUUUGACCACACAAGGCGCUUACGGUAUUUAGAACAGCGCCGUCGACAGACGCCGUGCUGAAGUGGACAGCUCCCGUUCAGAUGAAGGGGGGGGGGGGAAACACACGAUACUUAGACAACCAACCAACCAACCAUUGACCUCGUCACAGUUUGAUUUGGUUCGUCCGGUGAGAUGGGUAUGUCUCUCCCGCCGAGCUGACGUUAACAGCGUUUGUUUUAUAUAACCAUCACCAUACAGAUGUGUAUCUAAGAAGACGGCGACGGCAUUAAUGGACUUUUCGUUGUUUUAUUUGUUGCGAGCUGACGGUGCCGGAGUUGUUCCGUCUGGAUACUGUGGAGUUGUUCUGACGUUUGAUAGGAAACACCUGUAGCUGAAUCUGCUAUCUGUCCAUACACCGUCUCUAAUGUAUUGGAGGACUAUUAUUCCACACAAACAAAAGCAGAAAUGUUUUGACACACAUCUAUUUUUCUGCAGGCAGGGAGGGCUGCUCUCUCUGACGCCGUCGGCCAUCUAAUCUCCAAUGUAAAAAGAGCGGAGGUAAAGCCAUUUACUGUCCAUUAAUAUCUAAGCUUCUCUCUCGGCUCUCUGUGCUGCUCGCAGACAGGAACAUGGAUAGAGAGGAAUUCGCGGUGACAAGAGCUUUGCCUGGAUCUGUAUGGAUGGUGUUCUCUUGUCCAAACUAAUAACAUUUCAAAAAAGACGGUUGAGUCGAGGUCAACAACCGACCACGGUGCGUCUGGCGGUUCGUGUUCACCACCCUUUUUUCUUUUGCGCACCGAUUUUUUUGAAAAUUAAUUGAAUGCAUUUUUAAUGUAGCUGGGGAGAUCAGAGGUAGGCUUCUAUUUUAAAUAAAAACAACCAUGGGGGGCACAGAUGAGUGUAAAACCAUGCUGGAUGCUCUGAACAAAGUCACCGCGUGCUACAGGCACCUGGUCAUCGCGCUGGGCAGCACAUCGGACUCUCAGAACCUACGCGAGGAACUCAAGAAGACCCGGAAGAAAGCCCAGGAGCUCGCGGUGGCCAACCGGAAUAAACUAACCGAGUUGCUCAAAGACAAGAGCACCAGCAAGGACGACCGGGCUGAGUAUGAGAGGCUAUGGGUGCUGUUUACCAGCAGCAUGGAGAUACUGGAAGUGGACAUGAAGCGGAGCCUAGAGAUAGGGCAGGAGUUCCCCCUCAAGGUGCCCACCAGACACCUCAUCCAGACGGGCAUGACCGGCAGCACCACCACGGUGGCCGCCAGGGCCAUGUCUGUGCAGAACAUGAAGUACGACGCGGACAGCAACAUCGACACUGCCGACCUGAAGGAGCUCCAGGCUGAGAUCAGCCAGGUGGGUCAGAUGAUGGAGGAGAUGGAGAUGAAGGUGCAGGUGGCUCCGUGGGCCGUGGAGGCCAAGCAGGAGGCCGGCGCCGAGCUCAAAUCCACCCUGAGCGUCGGGAACUCCUCCGUGGGCGUCAUUUCCAUCUGCGAAGAGGAGCCCAAAGACGAGAUAGACGAAGGGGGUGACAAUAACGGAAUGAUCACGUGCAUCGCUGGGUUCAUAUUCGUCGCUAUUGUAGUAAUCGCCGGGAUACUAGGAUACUUCGUAAUCGGUGGAUAGGAUACUUAGUAUUGAACGUUUUGAGCCAGCCUGGGAAUACUUCACAGAUAAACAGCGGGCGCAGCUCAGAGCCAGAUACAGCCCGGGACGGACACUAGGCAGGUUAUAUGCCCGGAGAAACGGCUCUGUUGUUGAGGAGAGAGAGAGACUAGCGCUCCGAGACAUCAAGGAGCUGUCCAGGUGCUGAAAACUGUUACGCGCAAAUGGCACCGAUUCUCCGUAUAGUCCUUCACUUUAGACCAGAGCCAUUACAAGGCGUUAUUCCACUUAUAGUCCUUCACUUUAGACCAGAGCCACUGCAAGGCGUUAUUCCAUUUAUAGUCCUUCACUUUAGACCAGGGCCACUGCAACAUUUUAUCUCAGCCUCACAAUAAUAAUUUAUUCAGCUUCUAUAGUGCUUUUCAUGACAAAAAAAUAAUCUCAAAGUGCUUGAAAAUAAAAAAUAAAACAAGCAUCAAAUAAAACACAUCUUCCUUAUAACAGAUAGCAGAUAACAGAGGUCUGGACUAUGACAGCUGUCAGCUAGAGUUGGACGUUUUGGGGGUUUCAACCCUCCCACAUAUGGAGCGACAGUCGAGUGGGAACCACAUAGCUGGAGCAGAGGGAGGGUUUUGUCAACGGGGGCUGGACGAACAGGUCCUCCUCAUAGCUGGAGCAGAGGGAGGGUUUGUUAACAGGGGGUAGAUGAGCAGGUCCUCCUCAUAGCUGGAGCAGAGGGAGGGUUUUGUUAACAGGGGGUAGAUGAGCAGGUCCUCCACAUAGCUGGAGCAGAGGGAGGGUUUUGUUAACAGGGGGUAGAUGAGCAGGUCCUCCAGUGGCAGGCAGCACUGUUCCCUCUCUAUUCAAGGCGUCCCGCCGGCGCCUCCCAGUCCCCGCUGUCUGACUGCCUUGUUCAAGAUGAAGUCCAUUGCUACGUUCCCACUAACCUCAAUGAUGUCAGCCCACACAAAUCCUCAGAGGAAUCCUCAGACCGAGCAAUGAAUUCAUCCCUGCCAGCUCGCCGUCCGUUGCAGUCCUCCUCAGGGGUCAGGAGAACAUGAAAACAAAACAAUAUGAUGGCGUAUUCAACUCAAAACACACUAGCUAACUAGCUCGCUAGCAUUGUUAGCUAGCUAUGUUGAAAGAGCUGAUUUUCCAUCAAAUUCACAGGUAGGAAACACAUUGAUUUUACCCAGACUUAGUCUAUAGUCAUUGAGUUAUUCAAAACCAAAAAUCAAAAUCAAAAUAUUCAAACAAAAAAAAACGAAUAAAAAAUGAUUAAAUAUUGACAAAAUGUACUGGAGCGCUCUGCCUAGGCGACCUCACAGCGCCAUGGCAACAUGUGUAGAAUAGCAGGGAAUUUGCUCUCAAAAAAGCAAAAUUUUCUCUCUGCCUCAUGGCAACAAAAAUGUAUCCUUGCUCGAACCAUGCAGGUGGCCCCACCAAACUGCCCUAUACUAUUGACCAGAGCCCUAUAGGGCUAGGGAAUAGGGUUCUAUAGGGCUCUGGUCUAAAGUAGUGCACUGUAAUAGGGAAUAGGGUUCUAUAGGGCUCUGGUCUAAAGUAGUGCACUGUAAUAGGGAAUAGGGUUCUAUAGGGCUCUGGUCUAAAGUAGUGCACUGUAAUAGGGAAUAGGGUUCUAUAGGGCUCUGGUCUAAAGUAGUGCACUGUAAUAGGGAAUAGGGUUCUAUAGGGCUCUGGUCUAAAGUAGUGCACUAUAUAGGGAAUAGGGUUCCAUAGGGCUCUGGUCUAAAGUAGUGCACUGUAAUAGGGAAUAGGGUUCUAUAGGGCUCUGGUCUAAAGUAGUGCACUAUAAUAGGGAAUAGGGUUCUAUGGGGCUCUGGUCUAAAGUAGUGCACUAUAAUAGGGAAUAGGGUUCUAUAGGGCUCUGGUCUAAAGUAGUGCACUAUAUAGGGCUCCAUAGGGCUCUGGUCUAAAGUAGUGCACUAUAUAGGGAAUAGGGUUCCAUAGGGCUCUGGUCUAAAGUAGUGCACUAUAAUAGGGAAUAGGGUUCUAUAGGGCUCUGGUCUAAAGUAGUGCACUGUAAUAGGGAAUAGGGUUCUAUAGGGCUCUGGUCUAAAGUAGUGCACUGUAAUAGGGAAUAGGGUUCUAUAGGGCUCUGGUCUAAAGUAGUGCACUGUAAUAGGGAAUAGGGUUCUAUAGGGCUCUGGUCUAAAGUAGUGCACCAUGUAGGGAAUAGGGUUCUAUAGGGCUCUGGUCUAAAGUAGUGCACCAUGUAGGGAAUAGGGUUCUAUAGGGCUCUGGUCUAAAGUAGUGCACUAUAUAGGGCUCCAUAGGGCUCUGGUCUAAAGUAGUGCACUAUAAUAGGGAAUAGGGUUCUAUAGGGCUCUGGUCUAAAGUAGUGCACCAUGUAGGGAAUAGGGUUCUAUAGGGCUCUGGUCUAAAGUAGUGCACCAUGUAGGGAAUAGGGUUCUAUAGGGCUCUGGUCUAAAGUAGUGCACUAUAAAUAGGGAAUAGGGUUCCAUUUGGGACACAUCCUUGUAAGGAGUUACUCGGCCUCGUAGAGACUUUCUGAAUGUAUUCACCAUCUUGAUGAGAAAUUGCACCAGAUAUAUUUUUAGAGUUAUGAGAUGUUAGGUUUGGAAAGGGAGUCAGAGUGUGUUUGGCUCCAGAUGAUGGCACAGGCAGGUCUAAGUAUUAUCCUACACACAGUCCAUUAGUAGGGUCUAGGCAGGUCUAGUAUCCUACACAGAGUCCAUUAGUAGGGUCUAGGCAGGUCUAAGUAUUAUCCUACCCAGAGUCCAUUAGUAGGGUCUAGGCUAGGGAGAGGAGAUGUAUGUUCAGGAAGUGAAAGAGGACACAUCUACUGGUUAAACACUUUUGCUAUUGGAAUUUCACAUCUAUCCAUCCCUCCCUCUC